AUUGGACUCCAUUUUAGAAUCUCCGCCUAUAAAAACUCAUUUCUUCACGUAAUUUCCAAAUUCUCUGCUAUUUUUCUCGUCUCAAAGCGUAAUAAAGUUUACUUACCCUCCUCAGAUUACCAUAUCUGGAAAACCCAGCAGGAGGAUCAUUUUUUUUUUCAGGUGGAUCUGGAUUUUUUGUGGUGAAUAGAUGGCGUCGAAGCGGAUCUUGAAGGAGCUCAAGGAUCUUCAGAAAGAUCCUCCUACCUCUUGCAGCGCUGGUCCUGUUGCUGAGGACAUGUUUCAUUGGCAAGCCACGAUCAUGGGUCCUCCAGAUAGUCCAUAUACCGGUGGGGUUUUCCUAGUCACUAUCCAUUUUCCUCCAGAUUACCCUUUCAAGCCACCUAAGGUUGCUUUCAGGACAAAAGUUUUCCACCCAAAUAUUAACAGCAACGGAAGCAUAUGCCUUGAUAUAUUGAAGGAGCAGUGGAGCCCUGCCCUAACUAUUUCCAAGGUGUUGCUUUCUAUUUGUUCAUUGUUGACGGACCCAAAUCCAGAUGAUCCUCUGGUGCCCGAGAUUGCUCACAUGUACAAGACAGACAGGAACAAGUAUGAGACCACUGCAAGGAGCUGGACUCAAAAGUAUGCCAUGGGCUAACUGUGUUUUGAUAUGUAAAGAAGGGAGGGCAUUUAGCUUUCAAAAUGCUUUAGUCUCUUAAUUUUUCUGCAAAAAUUAGUUUACUCCGUUUUUCAUGUCCUAAAUUGGAUUAACUAGAAGUCCAAUAUGCACUUUCAACAGAAGGAAAGAUAUACAUUGUUUUUAAAAUGCUUGUGUCUGUGUAGUUUAUCUUUGAAAAGUUUCCCGAACAAUUGAUACUUCA